AUGUCUCAAUCCCUCCGCCCCUACCUCCAAUGCGUGCGCUCGUCGCUCACGGCCGCCCUGUCCCUCGCCAACUUUGCGUCGCAAGCCUCGGAACGACACAAUGUGCCCGAGAUUGAAGCCGCCAGCUCCCCCGAGGUCCUGCUGAACCCGCUUACCGUGUCGAGGAACGAGAACGAGAAGGUCUUGAUCGAGCCCAGCAUCAACAGUGUGCGGAUAAGCAUAAAGAUCAAGCAGGCCGACGAGAUAGAAAACAUUCUGGUCCACAAGUUCACGCGGUUUCUGACACAGAGAGCGGAGGCCUUUUUCAUCUUGCGGCGGAAACCGGUCAAGGGUUAUGACAUUUCAUUCUUGAUCACGAAUUUCCACACCGAGGAGAUGUUGAAGCACAAGCUGGUGGAUUUCAUCAUUCAGUUUAUGGAGGAGGUGGACAAGGAAAUCUCCGAGAUGAAGCUUUUCCUUAACGCGCGAGCCCGAUUUGUUGCCGAGUCUUUCCUUACUCCCGUAAGUCACGGUUGGGAUACACAUAGUCAUGAAAUGAUUGCUGACGGACAUAGUUUGACUGAGUGA